CUCGAAGGACCCCGCGCCGAGAGCCUCGAAGGACCCCGCCUGCCCGCCUCGCGGCCGCGGUUCCAGCCGCCUGCUCCUCCCGACCUCCGCGAGGCCAUGUUCGUUCCCUGCGGGGACUCGGCCCCCGACCUCGCGGGGUGCACGCUCCUGAUGCCAGCAGUGUCUGUUGGAAAUGUCGGCCAGCUGGCAAUCGAUCUGAUUAUUUCCACGCUGAAUAUGUGUAAGAUUGGUUACUUCUACACCGACUGUCUUGUGCCGAUGGUUGGGAACAAUCCAUAUGCGACUGCGGAGGAAAAUUCAACCGAGCUCAGUACAAACGCUGAAGUGUAUGCGCUGCCUUCAAGGAAACUAGUAGCUCUUCAGUUAAGAUCCAUUUUUAUUAAGAUUUUCUUUUUAUGCUGUCGUUGGUACACAAAGUAUAAAUCAAAGCCAUUCUGUGAGAAGCUGCUCUCCUGGGUGAAGAGCAGCGGCUGUGCCAAGGUGGUGGUUCUCUCCAGCAGUCACUCCUAUCACCGCAACGACCUCCAGCUCCGCAGUACUCCCUUCAGGUACCUACUCUCACCUUCUAUGCAGACAAGUGUUCAAAAUAAAAUGCAGAGCCUUAACUGGGAAGAAAUGGAAAAAACUGCAUGCAUUCCUGAGAUAGACGAGUCUGAGCUUUGUGUCCGUAUUCCUGGUGGAGGCAUCACAAAAACGCUCUAUGACGAAGGCUGUUCUAAGGACGUCCCAGUGGCGGUUCUGCUCAAGUUUGUGUCGGAAGGAGACAACAUCCCAGAUGCACUAGGUCUCGUUGAGUAUCUUAAUGAGUGGCUGCAGAUAAUCAAACCAUGUGUGCAGCGCGAUGACCCCACAGCGGCUGCCCUGCCGUGGAAAAUGCCGAGUUCGUGGCGAUUACUCUUUGGCAGUGGUCUCCCCCCUGCGCUCUUUUGAUCUGUUUUGUUUUAUACCUUAUGUCCCAAGACACUUAGUACCAGUACAACUGUUAAACGACUGUACAAAACUUGUGUUCUCUGAGACUGUUAGGAAAUCUUUACUUUUCGCAGAAUAUCUCAAAGUAAAAAUAGAUUAAUAAAAGGUUGUGUUUGCCAUGCUUUUCAUCAUAUGCAACAAAUGUAAAUUUUGUGCAGUAAAAUAUUUCCUAAGUAA